AUGCCAGUUCCAAUCGAAUUCUCAGCGGAUGACACAGUAAACAUAUUGGUGUUAGAUGAACUAGAUUACGACCGCUUUGAAAUGGGUAGGGAACUUCAACGGUGUCUUGCUUGGAUUACAGACGUGCAAACAAAGGUUUAUGAUGUAGUCAUGGAUGUUGUAUCCAAUGACUGUGGUGGAAUGUUCUUUCUAUAUGGCCAUGGUGAAACGGGAAAGACGUUUCUAUGGCAUAUCGCAACAAAGUCCACAGGCGGAAUUGUUCAUAAGGGCAAAGCUAUAUGGGACAAGGCUCCUAUGAUGCAUAUAUGCUGUUUUGAAGCGCUUGACAAGAAAAUGAAGUCAAUAUUACAGGUUGACAAACUCUUUGGUGGAAAGGUGGUUGUUUUUAGAGGAUAUUUUAGGCAGAUUUUACCAGUUGUGCUCAAAUCAUCAAGGCAGGACAUAGUACAUGCUAAUAUAAACUCCUCUUCGCUGUGGAAUUUCUGUCGUGUCAUGAAGUUGACUAAGAACAUGAGAUUGCAGUCAUGCUCUUCUCCAUCUAACGUGGAUGAGGUAAAAGAAUUUGGAGACUGGAUACUGAAGGUUGGUAGUGAGGAUGUUGGGGAACAAAAUCAUGGUGAAGCUUCGAUAGUGAUUCCCGAUGACAUGUUGAUUGGUGAUUCAGAAGAUCCAUUCAGAGACCUACUGGAUUUCGUUUACCCGGAUUGUUGA